UCUUUCUUCUUUAACCACACCCACAGGCGCAUUUCCUAACACUGCGCUCUUUUACCUGUCGCGGGGAGUCAAAUCUGUGCGUUAAAGGACUAAAACGACAAUAAAGCAAGAAGAAGUCCACCGUAAAUCUCUAAACCACGUGUUUUUUCAGCUGAAAAUGGACUAGAAAUCCUCUCGGUGAGUAAAAUAUCUCUUGGUUGGGAUUUUGGACGCUCCUGAUAAGAGAAGCUUCGUAAAGUCCGAGACAAGCUGAAAUGGAUGUUUUCGAAAAGUCUUAAUAAUUUACUUGGAUAUGUUGGUCUAUGAGACGAACAUUUUCAGCCGGGGUUGAAAAGAACACACAUGUCGGUAGAGAGCCACGACUGAAAAGAAAAUAAGCCAUAAUUACGCAUUUGGUUCGUGCGUAAAGGGCUGUUUGACUCUGAACCAGUCACCCUCUGGUUAUCUGUGUAUAUUUGCCAUAUUUGCCUAUUUACUUUGUAUCCUAUAUCAAAAGUUUAUAACUUUUAAGAUAUUAAUCUUACUUCUCAAGGAAAGUGUGACUCUGGGUGUGUUGAAAUGUUGGUCUAACUUGUUUGCUUGAGGAACUGUUUGGCUUAAGGCCUACCCAUGUAUGUCAUUGUCCGUGGUUGCGUCUGGUAGGUAUGUCGGUAAGACUUGUUAGCGAUGUUUUUGCACUUGAACAGUUUUGAAAGAAAUACUGAUUUAAAAGUUCAAGAUGUUCCUCAACAAGUAACAACAUUUUAACUAUUCCUUUUUCUGCCAUGUCCAGGUUUGCCCCAAGCAAGAGAAGAACUCUGAGGACAAGAUAAUUGACUACCUGCCAACAAUAUGGACUGGAAGACCUUCCAAGCCCUGCUCAGUGGAGUGAACAAAUACUCCACAGCAUUUGGACGGGUAUGGCUGUCUGUGGUGUUUGUGUUUAGGGUGAUGGUGUAUGUGGUGGCAGCGGAAAGAGUUUGGGGCGAUGAGCAGAAGGACUUUGACUGUAACACCAAGCAGCCUGGCUGUGCCAACGUCUGCUACGACCACUUCUUUCCCAUCUCCCACAUCCGUCUGUGGGCUCUUCAGCUCAUCUUUGUCACUUGCCCCUCCUUCAUGGUGGUUAUGCACGUGGCAUACCGUGAUGACCGGGAGCGCAAGUACAGGGCCAAGCAUGGUGAUACCAGCAAGCUGUACAACAACACAGGCAAAAAACAUGGGGGUCUGUGGUGGACCUAUCUGGUCAGCCUCUUCGUAAAGACAGGCAUUGAAGUCUCCUUUCUCUACAUCCUCCACCAUGUCUACGACAGCUUCUACCUUCCAAGACUGGUCAAGUGUGAGGUGUCGCCCUGCCCCAACCAGGUGGACUGCUACAUUGGACACCCAACUGAGAAGAAGGUCUUUACCUAUUUUAUGGUUGGAGCUUCGGCCCUCUGUAUUGUCCUGAAUAUCUGCGAGAUAAUUUACCUCAUCUCCAAACGCAUUGUAAGAUGUGCAAACAAGGUCAAGAGGCGCAAUCGCAACAUGGCUGUGCAUCAUGAAAACUACAAUGAUGACCCUUUUAACAACUGCAACCUGCCUGUGUCCAAGGUGGACAUAAAAGAAAAGCCACCAUCCUUUAACAGUGCAUACAAACCUUCAUUCAGGCCCUCUGGACUCAGACUAGAAGAGAAGAUUCGGGCCUCUGCUCCAAAUCUAUCCUCCACGUCAUGAUUAAAAACAAAGCAGACUAAAGGGUAGGAGAUGUGUUGUACUUGGGCAAGAUCCCAAUGACUUAUCCUGGAAAACAGACUCAGAAUUAUGAGCCACAUGACUGUGGGUGUCAGACCCUGGAAGUUGAGUCAUCAGUACUGGAUUCAUCCUGUGGGCCCCUGUGUCUACAUCUAAGACUCUUUUUGAGCAAACAAAGUUUUGUUUCCAAGUCAACAUCAGCAAUAUUUACAAGUCAGAUAGAGCCAAAAUUGAUUUGUUUAUGAUGUGUGGGUUUCUUUUUUUGAAAACGAUAAAGGUUUGUGUGGCUUUUCAGCUUCACCCCCUCACAAGUGUUAAACAUUCCAGUGUGGUUUGUCUGUCUCUCUUGUGAUAGGAGGUUUAACAUGGGAGGGGAAGGAAAGAAAACACUGAAUACAAGAAGGCAGGACACACCUGGCAGAGGUAUUCACCCACACUGCCAGUGUCUACAGUGUUGUGUUAGGGCGCCUUGACGUCAUCCAAUGUUAGAUACACAUUUCAGUGAUCUUUGUUUUGUUGAACUGAACUGACACCAUAACUUUAUUUUUAUAAUUUGCCAUACUGAUGAGAUGAUGAUGAUUCAAGCAAAAAUAUUCUGCAAAGUAGCGCAAACACUCCAGGGUCAUAGAGUUAUGGCUGAGUCAUACUUGAAGCUUUGCAAACUGGCCAAAAAGAGUUUAUUUCCUAACUGCAUUUAUCUUCAUUAUUAAGAUUUAUGGUAUCAACAAAAUCCAUGUAUCAUUGGUAUAUUUCUUAAAGUAAAUCCUUGGUGGGCAUUUGCUUGCUCUUAUACUGCACAGCCACAAAUUGUUCAUAGUGUCUGUGUUUUGACAUGCUGGUACACAAACUUGCCUCAUCCAAGACCACUGUUGAUUUAAAUAAGGACCAAGGAAUGCUGCUGUUGGAAGCCAGAGCACAGUGAACAAGGGGGAAGGACAUUCAGAUGGCUCAUUGAACUGUAUUAUUAGUACAAGUCCUAAGUGGUUUAAUAUUGAUGUAAUGUGGAAAAUGAUCUUUCUGCACUUAUUGUUAAAGUAUUUUUUAUGAAUUUUAAUAUUGUAUAUAAUAAAUCUGUUUUGUUUCCUAUUUUAACAGUA